GUUUUCUUCCCUCGUCGCUUCCUUCGGAACAUCGAUCGAGAGAGAGAGAGAGAUGCAAUCGCUGCAGGAGAAGGCGUCACAAUGGAGCGGAGUCCAUCAAGCGGACGCGUUCGCCAUAGACGAAACCAAUCUGUUCGAGAAGCUCGGUCUACAGAGCUUUAUCAACCUGUCCACCAAUUUUUACAACAGGGUUUAUGACGAUGAAGAAGAAUGGUUUCGUUCAAUAUUUGCAAACUCAAAGAAAGAAGAUGCCAUCCAGAACCAGUAUGAGUUCUUUGUGCAGAGAAUGGGAGGUCCACCAAUGUAUUCUCAGAGAAGAGGUCAUCCUGCCCUGAUAGCACGGCACCGCCCCUUUCCGGUGACACAUCAAGCUGCAGAGAGAUGGUUACAGCACAUGCAAAAUGCUCUGGAUGAGUCCUCGGAUAUUGACCCUGAAUCAAAAAUCAAAAUGAUGAAUUUCUUCAGGCACACUGCGUUCUUCCUUGUAGCUGGGGACGAGCUGAAGAAUCAGAAUAAGCAGCACCAAGUGGGGUGCAAAUGUAAGCACGCGGCCGAGAAGCCAGCCGAAGAAUAGAACUCGUUUCUUAUGAUCCCUUUCAGUAUUCGGAUCAAAAUUAUAAGAAAAUUUCCGUGAGAGAAGAGAAUUUCCUUUGGUUAUUUAAUACUAAACAAUAAAAGGGGAGUGGAUUAACAAAGGAUUGGAUGCUUUUGGAAGAAGAAGAAGAAGAAGAGUGUAACUGUUUGACAAUUGCAUAAGUAUUAACCUAAAAGCAAACGGGGACAUUGUUUUCUUUUACCCUUGAACGGUAUCCCGUAAUGAAUUAUUACAGUAUACCCGAUUUUCGAAUAUUUGAUCGACAUGGAGAUCAUUUUUGAGGUGAAAUACCUGUAAAGAUGUAUCCGAAUUCGGGUUCUACA